UCACUACGGGAGCGGUAACAUGAAAUUGUCCAAGCAUGCCGACUGCAUGCAAAUACGAGCAUUGCUAAAGAAGGACUAUCUCGUCCGGAUACGACAACCAUGGAUGACUUUCAUACAGUACCUAUGGCCGUGCAUGAUCUUCACCGCUCUGUACAUACUGAGAAAUCGGUUCCAGGCGGUGGAAAUAAACGACUGCCAGUUUCCAACCCGUAACCUACAGGCCAACGGUAUCCUGCCCUUCUUCCAGUCAUACAUCUGUACGUUCGAAAACGAGUGUCAAGAUGCGAAAAAUUUUGCCGAAACGGAAGAAUUCAACGAUGCGCCGGUAACACCCGUGGUAAACAUCGUGCAGAUCAUUCUGGAUAACAAUCCCCUGUACGAUGCGAUCAUAGCGCUUCCGAUCGAUCGGAACUUCAUCACUAGCGUUACCACAAUAGUAACGCAUCCAAAGUUUAAAGAAAUCGAACGCAAUGCGGAUCGUUUAGUGAAGAUGGUGCCAGAGAUCCGCAAAAAGAUCGGUGGUUCGUUUGACAUUUUGCAACUGUUUUCCGACGAUCAGACGUUUUCAAAGUCGGGCAACAUUCUCUGCGGUCGGCCGUUUCCGCGCAGUAACAACAUCCGGUUCGUGGACAACAUUCUCUACACGCCCGACUACGCCGGGGCAGAUAAGGACGAGCUGGACGUGAUGUCGACGGCCUACUGCAAGCAGUUGUAUCUGGACGUAACAAACACAAACAAUGGCAAGAUCACGUGGCGUUUUCUGAAGCCAAUCCUGCAGGGAAAGAUUCUGUACGGUCCAGCAAGCGAGCGUAAUGAUGAAAUCAUGAAGCUGGCCAAUCAAACGUUCGCGGAUAUGGAUCGAUUGAGAGAGUUUUUCCGUGCACUCGAUACUACUCUGCAGCUGCUGCGCACUGACGAAGAGAUGCAGGACAGCUUCCAGGGUUUAAUCGAUCUUGCUAAAAGUCCAUUGGUGCAAAUGAUCGCCGGUGGAAACGUGAACAUUGAGCUAAUUGAAGGGAUGUUAAACGGCAUCCUGCAUGACGAAGAAGUUGCCAAGGCGGUGAAUACGAUCGCAAACAUCUUUGAUUGCUUCUCCGCCGAUCGUUUUAUCCCGGUGGUGGAUGAGACAGACCUGGAAGAUCGUGCGUUUGAGUUGAAUCGAAAAAAGUUGUUCUUUGCUGGUGUUUACUUCGAAAAUGGCACCACGGAAAAUGAAAUCACGUACAAAAUUCGUAUGCGCACGGACGAUACGCCGGUGACGGUGGAGAAUCGCAAUCGUUUCUGGUUCCCCGACCCGGAGUCAAGCUUCGAGCUGGACAUGCGUUAUCAUCGCGGUUUCGUACAGAUUCAGCAUGCGGUCGAUAUAGGAAUUAUCAAGCAAAGGAAAAAAGAAAUGUUUACCAAAGCUCGCAAGGGAGAAACCGAAGACGGUUCACUCUCGGGUGGCGAGCUGGAGCUGGAUGAUGACUUGGGUCUGGAGGACGAUCAGGAUACUGAAGAUAAGAGCGCUGAAACUGAAAGUAAUGAGGAGUUGGAUAGUACAACUGUUUCUACGUCUACGUCUACGUCAGUUCCAGCAGAAACUACUACCGAAAAUUUAUCAUCAGUAUUCGCGGAUCUGAGCAAACGAAUAAACGUAUCUCAGGAAGUACUGAAUCGAUUCGGUGGUGGAAGCAAUAGUAGUGCACUGGAAGAUUUUCUCGACUUUAAGGACGAUGAAGAGGAAGACUCAAAUCUCGAAUCAUCUGCCACAACUACUGUGAAACCAGCACCAGCGCUCCAGCGACGCAAAAGACAAUCGUUUCUAAGUUUGUUGUUCGGUGGUGGAGAAAAAAAACCCAAAAAUGAAGUAGAAUACAAGGUUGCAAAUGAGAAGUUCUACACGAAACAAUUUCCCUAUCCCAAAUACACGAAGGAUGACUUCAAAAAAGGUCUCUAUCUUGCCCAAUCUAUACAAAUGGCUUACUUCAUAGCACUAAUUGUGCAUGUCGCUGCGGCGGUGCGGCAAAAGAUCUGGAUGAAGGAGAGUGGCAAUUCGAUGCUGAUGCGCUCAAUGGGCCUCAAGUCUGGGUCGGAAACCGUUUCCUGGGUCAUUGCUACGUUCAUCGAAAUUUGUAUCGUGUUCCUGCUUGGACUGAUCAUCCUCUAUAGUGGAGGCAUUCUAGCGUACUCCAGUCAGAUCUUCCUUUUCUUCUAUAUGGUUGUGUUCGGCAUCUGCUUAAUCGGGUUCUGCUACAUGUGCUCCAUGUUCUUCAGCUCGGCCAGCAUUGGUUCGGUGUCGAGUGUGAUACUCUUCUUGAUAACAUUCCUUCCGUACAUUAUUAUCAUCUCACUAGGAGCAACACUGUCCACAGUGGGCAAGUUCAUCGCGAAUCUUUCCUUCUCAACGGCUUUCUGUUACGCCUGGCGUCACGUGAUGCGCAUGGAGCUCCAGCAUCGUGGAGCGAAUUUUAGCAGCGCCUUCCGUGGUGCGAUCGCCGACAAUGAUCUGAAGUUUGGCAUUCUCAUGAUUUUGCUGGAUGCCGUGAUCUACUUUGCUAUCGGCUACCUGUACCAGUGUUUGAAGAAAGAUGAAACAACAUUCCAUACGGUAAAGCGCAUUAAACUGGACAAAAGCAUUGGCGCGGAUCUCAGAAAUGUGGACGUCACGUAUGAGAAGGGCGGCAAGAAGGUGUUGAGUGACGUAUCGAUAACAUUCCGCCGUGAUGAAGUGACCUGUCUGCUCGGACGGAACGGUGCCGGCAAAAGCACAAUCAUAAAACUGCUGACUGGCCAGGUAUUGCCCAUCGAAGGCGACGUUCAUCUGCCACUGGACUACGAUUUCAUCUCCGGCAUAAGGAACAAUGCGGAGAAGAUCGGCCUUUGUCCGCAAAAUGAUGUGCUCAUUCCGAACCUUACGGCUAAGGAGCAUCUGCAGCUGUACGCACGUAUCAAGCUGACACGUGGGUUCGACACGGAAGUCUCACGUACGCUGGAUAAUCUAAAGAUGGGCCCUUACCAGCACUACAGAGCGUCUGAUUUGUCUGGAGGAUUUAAGCGGCGAUUGUGCAUUGCAAUUGCGUUUCUUGGUUCACCGAAUCUGGUAAUUUUGGACGAACCAUGCAGUAGCGUUGAUACGAAAGCGCGCAAAUAUAUUUGGGAGCUAAUCCAAACGUUACGCAAAGAUCGGGCAGUUAUCCUUGCAACCCAUCAUCUGGACGAAGCGGAGUGUUUGAGCGAUAAGAUCGUCAUGUUGGAAAAUGGAAAAGCUAUACUGGAGCAAUCACAAGAAGAGCUGAAGAAACGGUUCACUAACACAAUCUAUUUGAAAGUUGUAUUGUGCCAGAUAGAUAUAGGUCGUGCACUUACGACUGCGGAGCUGACAAUUUUACUGGAUAGCAUUACAGAUAUAAGAUAUGACAUGAGUGCUACGCUGAAUCAACUCGACUUCAAGAUCACCUCUACAACUGACGACAGUCAGGUGUUAAACAUUGAACAACUUUUGCAGCACUUGGCGCAGCUGAAACAAAACAAACAAAUUGAAUCGUUCGAGAUUCGCAACGAAAAUCUGCUCAACAUCUUUAACACAGUCAACGCGAGUGAAUCGAUGCUAGACGAUCCCAUGUUGCUCAAUGGGAACGGCAACACUUCUUCGCACAUUCCAAACGGGUUUCAUGGACCAAAAACGAAUGACUCCAAGCUUGGCACACUGUCCAUCAUGUGUGCACUGUUGAGUAAGCGCACGCGUCAUUUCAUGCGUAACUAUCGCCUGUUGGUGUGUUUACUUGUGCUACCGACAAUUUUUGAAAUCAUUGCCAUGGGUUUCAUGACAAUUCGUCCGCCCGGAGAAUACGAUCAGAUGGUCAAUUUUUCGACGGCGCUGUAUCCGAAAUCAGUCGAGUUUUACACCAAUACUACCGAUGGGGACAAGUAUCGGAACACGAUCGUUUCUGACCUUCUAGAACACUGUACAGACGACUUGUGCUCCAUCUUUAACUCCUCGUUGGAUGCUUAUCGAUGGGUUCUGGCUACCACGGACAAGUAUACGGAGCGACGCUAUGGUGGUAUCACGGUCAACAAGGAGAAAAAUAUCGUUUGGUACAACAAUAAGGGCUACCAUUCGAUGCCAACGUGGUUAAACAUGCUCGAUACGGCAGUAUUACGAGCGGAAAUGGACGAUCCAAGCUACACAAUCCGCACCAUUAAUCACCCGUUGAAGAUCGAAGAAGAUGAUUUGUCUAUAUCAUCAAUUUUACAGCAAAUCGCUGAUGCCGGAAUAUCGCUGAUUAUGCUGUUGGCCUUCAGUUUGGUGGUCGCCGGGGCCUCGGUGUACAUCGUAAGUGAACGGAUACGUGGAGAAAAACUGCAACAGCGUUUGGCCGGCGUGAACGUCUUUACCUAUUGGACUGUAACGUACGUCUGGGAUGCUAUGAUCUUCCUCAUCGCAGUUGGAUUGGCCGUGAUCGUGUUCAAGGUAUUCGCUCUGCCAGCAUACGUGGCAAGAGAGCAACUCGAGGGCAUCGUUUUGUUGUUGGUGUUCUACGGUUUUGCAAGCAUACCGACGGUGCAUCUGUUUGAGAAGUUAUUCACUGAUGCCAGCUUUGCGAAUAUGUCUCUGUUUUGUCUGAACGUCGUUACGGCGCUGGGUACGCUAACCAUCGUUUUGCUGUUCGAUAUUUUGGGUGGCAGCGAUCAGUCGGAGAAGAUUAGAAACUUCCUAAACCGUGCGUUCCUUGUGCUACCACAACACGCUCUUUCCGAUGGAUUGAUAGAGCUGUCCAAGAAUUACAUCACGGCUGAAAUCUUCAAACGAUACUACAUCGACUCGUACAAAUCCCCCAUCCACAGUGAUCUCCUUCGACCGCAUCUAAUCGCCCUGGUAAUAAUGGGGCUUAUCUUCAUGCUGUUAAACGUAGCCAUCGAGUAUAAGCUGUUGCAGCGUCUGUUCAACCGGAUAGCUGGUGUAUCUCGCCCCAAAACACAUGAGCUGAACGGGGUCGAUACGACGGACUACAGUACAAUAAGUCAUUCAAUAAGUCGUGUCGAUGGAAAGAAAAAGUCCAUCACGGCUGACCAGAUCCUAUCGGUGGACAACCUGAGAAAAAAGUACCGUGUAUGUGGUGGAGGGGGCGGCGGUGCAGAAGGUCAGGAGGUAGUUAAGAAUGUAUCCUUCAAGCUGCACUAUGGAGAAUGCUUUGGAUUGCUCGGCACAAACGGUGCCGGAAAGUCCACCAUCUUUGCCAUCCUAUCUGGAGAACUGCUUCCAUCGGGAGGCAGUUUCACUUUCUACAGUAAUCAUGGCCCUUCGUACUGUCCUCAGAGCAAUUUCCUUGAUCCGUUGCUCACGGUGGAAGAGGUGAUUGUAUUCUAUGGUAAGCUGCGUAACAUCGAAUGCAUCGAUAAACUGGUAAUGGAAACACUUAAAGAAUACCAUCUCGAGGAAUAUCGGAAGGUGAUGGUGAAAAAUCUAAGUGGAGGCAAUCGUCGGAAGCUCUGCGUGGCUGUUGCUUGCUUUGGCCAGUCUGAAAUUAUCCUAAUGGACGAACCAACGAGCGACCUGGAUCCGGUCACGCGCUCUAUCGUUUACAGUACAAUUGAACGGUUAAACGCGCAGAAUCGCUCGAUACUGCUGACUUCCCACAGUAUCUCCGAGAUCGAUCGGAUAUGCCAGCGGAUAGCGAUCCUGAAGGACGGUGAGCUGCUUACGGUUGAUACACCAGACCGGCUGAAGGAACGUUUCGGCCACAGCUAUCAGAUAACGCUAUAUCUUGAGGGUAUUCGCGAGGUGGACUUUUUGCGAGUUAUCAAGCGUGAAUUUGAUGUAACGCGUAAUAUCAUCCUGCACAAGAAUUCCGUCCAGUUUGUGUGCCAGAUCUGUCCAGACGCUGACGCGCAAGAAAAACCACACAAAAAUGGUCACGUAACGAUCAUGCUAAAUGAGACCGGCAAUAUUGUGGUAGCGCCGGGUACAUCCGCCACACGUACAGCCAGUGAACUUUUCCUAAAGCUACAGCGCUUUGCCCAAGCAAAUAAACUACGAUACACGAUUUCCCGUUGUCAGAUGGAUCAGGUAUUUGAAAAUGUUCUACAAAGUCAUGAAGAAGACCACGCAAAUCCGGGAUUCGUCGACAGCUAGGAAAAGGAUGAUUUGUGCAAUCCUCUUUUGUUGUAACAUAUAGGUACUGCUAGGAUUAAAUUUUUAAAUUUGGUAAUGUUAAUAAAAAAACAUGGAAACAGUG